AUGUACAUCGACGGGUGGGCUGGCAGCCAAGCUAUGCCAGUGGCCCUGGACUGUACUUGUGCUGGCCUUCAGGGCCCUGACCCCUCUAUGUCGAAUAUGUGUGUUCUGCCCGGGGAAGUCUCGGGGCGCCACACUAUUGUCGCUGGUGGAGCUGGAUUUGUGGGUUCGCAUUUGGUCGACAGACUCAUGCAUCAGGGACAUUUCGUAACCGUUCUUGAUAACUUUUUCACUGGAGACAGGCAAAAUAUUGAGCAGUGGAAUGGGCAUCCUCAUUUCGCAUUCAUCCAGCACGAUGUUUCCAAUCCAAUUUACCUAGAAGCUGAUGAAAUCUACCAUUUGGCAUCUCCAGCCUCGCCACCAAACUACAUGACAAAUCCGAUUAAAACGCUGAAAGCCAAUCUACUUGGAUCCAUUAAUCUCCUUGGGUUAGCUCGGCGAGCCGGGGCCACGUUUCUUUUUGCCUCAUCCUCCGAAGUCUACGGUGAUCCUAUGGCGCAUCCACAGUCAGAGUCCUACUGGGGGAACGUGAACCCCAACGGUCUUCGCUCCUGCUACGACGAGGGUAAGAGGGCCGCGGAAUCUCUUGCCUAUGCAUACCUCCGAAGGGAGGGUGUACCUAUUCGUGUGGCUCGCAUUUUUAAUACCUACGGUCCACGCAUGCAGUUUCACGAUGGUCGAGUUGUCAGUAACUUCAUUUUGCAGGCCCUCUCCAAUCAGGAUAUUUGUCUUUAUGGCGAUGGCAGUUUCACGCGUUCUUUUAUGUAUGUGUCUGAUCUGGUUGAUGGUUUGAUCCGCCUCAUGAACUCAAAUGUCACUGAUCCCGUCAACUUGGGCAACCCUCAUGAAUUUAGAAUUCAGGAAUUGGCUGACAUUGUCAAGAAUCUCACUGAAAGCUCUUCGAAGGUGGUUAAGUGUCCGGAAGCUGUGGACGAUCCAAAACGACGGAAACCGGACAUAGCGAGAGCCAAGAACCUCCUAGGUUGGGAGCCAAAAGUGCAGCUCUGGGAGGGUCUUCGGCUAACCGUUAAGGCAUUUCGUGAAUCCCUCCACAAUAGCUCUACUUUCCACCGUUCAGAACAGUACCUUUUGCAUGGAAACUAG